AUGAGACUUGCAAUUGGAGUUGAGGGAUUUCGCGAUGCGCUUCAGGCAUUUACUCCCUACCAAGGUACCUGGCUUGGGUACAUGUGCCUAGACGUCAUAGCAGCCAGCCCGCCUCCUUUAAGAAAUAAGCGCGCAAGGUUGCACAUCAAACACUGCAGUGCCGUGCAGGUGCCGCGUUGCGCCGCAGGAGAAAAAAAAGGGAAAAGUGAUGGAUGUCCCAAGGCUGGUAUCCAGGGUCUUGUAGCAGUCGUUACGGGGUACAAGCAGCCGAAUACAGAGAUCGAGCAGAGGCAGAUCAAGGUUGGGUACAUGUAG